AGGAACAGGAGCUUUUUACAGACUGUUUUUUUUGACUUCCUUAAAUUAAGUUAUUAUGUCUAUAGGCAUACCAGUAAAGCUUUUGCACGAGUCUUGCGCUUUUAUAAUAACCCUCGAAUUAAUUACUGGGGAACUGUUUCGUGGAAAACUUGUUGAGUGUCAAGAUAACUUUAACUGCCGAUUAGAAGGCGUAACUUAUACCUCUCGAGACGGGAGAACCUCAAAAUUGGAACACGCAUAUGUUCGAGGAAGUAAAAUAAGAAUGGUUAUUCUGCCUGACAUGCUUAAAAAUUCGCCAUUGUUUCGCAAGAUGGACAAACAUUUGGCUGCCCAAAAAGCAGCUGCUGGUAGAAAUGCUGCUGGAAGAGGCCGAGGCCGAGGCCGAUAAUCAUUUUUUAUUAGCCACGUAAAACACGCGAGUCUUACUUUUAUAUAUAUACAUGUGUUA